AUGCCUGAGAAUUGGACAGAAACAUACAGACCAAUUAAUACAGAUUCAUUCAUAGGUCCAGUAUAUCUUAAGAAUCUACUUAGAUCAAAUAGUGAUAUUCCACAUUUACUAUUGUAUGGCCCACCAGGAACAGGAAAGACAACAUUUGCCAAAUUGAUUUCUCAAAAAUAUGAAAGCACUUUGUUUCUAAAUGGAUCAGAUGAGAGAGGAAUUGAUGUGAUAAGAAAUGUUGUGAAAAAGCAAGCCCAAUACAUUGGUAAGAAGUUCAUAGUGUUGGAUGAAUGUGAAAAUUUAACAAGAGAUUCGCAAACUUGUUUGAGAAGAGUCUUAGAAGAUUACAACAGUACAACAUUCAUAUUCAUCACAAACUACAUCAGCAAAAUAAUAGAUCCGAUCAAAAGCAGAACUGUGAAGAUAAAAUUCAAUAAGGUGCCGUUUGAUGAAAUAUUAACUGGUAUCAAAAUUGAUUUGCCUGAGCAAGUUAUUAGAAGAGCAUAUGAUAAUACCAAUGGUGAUCUCAGGAAGAUGUUGAAUGUUCUUCAAGGAGUGAAAUAUGGAAGUGUUGUUAAUGUUAACGUGGCUGAUUUGAUAAGGUUGGUUGAUUACUUUUGUGCUUUUGAUUGUGAUGCUACAGAUGUUGAGAAUGAGAAUAUAUCAGCACUAGACUAUAUUAGACAGCUAAUUUAUAAAGUAGAAGAUGGAGAAUCAGCCAUCAAACUAGGAGAAUUAGAAAGACAAUGCUUGAAUGGUUGUUUAGAUGAAGCGAUUUAUGAGAGCAUUAGGAGAAAUAACAUCGGGUGA